GCUGCAUUUUACCAUGGUUUGAUGCUGGAAUUGACCUGUACUUUUAUUGCAGCUCUUUCGGGUGAUGUCAUUUUCAUUUUCUUUCCUCAUCCGCGCAAUACUGGGCACAUUUCGAAUCCCCACGCCCCCGACCGAAGCCGUCCUUGCCAGUGAUCAAAGCCCUUGUGGAGCCGGGGCGGUGGGGUCGGGGUGUCCGUGUUGACAGGGAUUGAGCGUAAGCGGGUGUUCGCUGUUUGGACAGCUGGUCGGCCGGCGGGCCUCGCCAUGGAAGAGGAGAGCGAGUUUUCCGGCUUCGGCGACCCGGUGGUGACGAUCCCAGACGAGCGGAGUUCGAGCUCUGGAGAUGACUCACCGGCCGGCCGGAUCCUGCAAGACCCCGCCGCCGCCCGGCUGCUCGCGGCUGGCGGCUACCUGCGUGCGGACCCGGUGCCGGUUCAGGCCCUGCUGCAGCACCUCAGCUCGGCCCUGCCCGACCUGCCCAGGGAGUGGCUGCGCAGCCUGACUCAGGUGCUGGACCCGACUGGCGAGGACGGCGCCGUAACCGAGGCCGUGUUCCGGGAGGCGGUCGGCGCCGUCAGCCGGGCGAACCGAGACCUGCUGCAGCCGUGA